AUGGCGCCCCUCCCGCCAGCACGAUGGCUCGCGGCGCUCGCGCUGCUCGAGGUGCGGCGCACGCUGGGCUUCAUGACCGCGCCGGGGGACGAGGUCGUGACGAAAGACGUCACCGGUUACAGGCUUAUGGCAUGGGCGUGGCUCAGCCUACUCGUGGCCUACUUGGUCGUCAGCCUGGUCUACGGCGUCUUCCGCUUCGUCAAUAAUAGGAGGGUCAAGCCCACCGCGAAGUUUGUGGGACCGACCGCUGGGAUUCUUUCUCCGCUUUCUGGUGAACUACCCGUGCCUCACGUUGCUGCUCGGGCUGGCACAGUCGCUGGCCUUCAGCGCGGCAGGGCUGUUGGCGUCAGACUUCGUGAUCCCUGUUGA